AUGUCAGUAAGUGAGCAGAAACCGAAGCAGCCUACAUCAGCAAAAAGCACUAUGACAGCAACUCAUGCGGAGUCUUCUGAAGCCGGAUGGGCCUUGCAGAAACCGAGGGGUAGUGGGACAAGGUUCUCAGAGAACGUAAAGUCAUAUCUCCAAGCCCGAUUUGACGUCGGAGUACAAACUGGAAGAAAGUCUGAUCCAGUUCAAGUGUCAGCGGAUAUGAGAAGCGCCAAAAACCAAGACGGCACUAGAAAAUUCUCGAGAGACGAGUGGCUGACGAAGAUACAAGUUCAAGCCUUCUUUUCCCGACUUGCUGCAGCGCAGAAGAAACAGGUGACUCAGAGACACGUGGAAAAAGACGACGAAAAUACUCUGCUGGAUGAAGAUCUUGCACACCUGGACCAACAAAACAAAGAUGAGGAUGUUCAAGAGGUGCUGUCGCAAAUAGGACUGGAACAUCCGAUCACAUAUGAUGGCUACGACAUCUGCGAUCUGGUCAAGACUGAGGCAUUGUCGCGCUUUACUGUGAAGGAACUGAGGGUCAUGUGUGACCACUUUGAGCUGCCACGUAAAUCAACGGACAAGAAAGCCGCUCUGAUUAAACACGUUACCGACAUGGUGGAAGAGUGUAGCUGCUCAUAA